AUGGGACAUUGUUGCUCAUAUGAACAAACUGAAAUUGUGGAAACAGCCCUCGCUGAUGAAACAAUCGCAAGAUCAGAGUUGAAUGGAGGUGUUAUCAUUCCGUCAAACAUAUCACCUGGUGUGUUUGGCCAUAUGGCAGCAGAUAAUAAUGAUUUCAACAAGGAAACCAUCGAUGGAAAGAACACUACCCAUGUGACGACCUUCGUUGCUUUCCAAAGGAAACAACAUGCUCCCGCAACGCCACCCAUGGAAAUCUACGUGGAUCACUCAGAGCGGAAAAGGUCCUUAGAUUCGUCAAGGCCUAUAGUGACAGUAGAGGAUAUCAAUGUUGGAGGAAGACGUCCAGCCGUUACAAAUUACGUUAAUAAGAUGACAAAUGCAAGUUGGCUACAACCAAAUGAUAAUUUCCUUUCAGCUUGUCAAGACGACUUGGUAUUGCUAAUCCUACGCAUGUGUUCCAAUACUAUGUUUGAAGAAAAUUAUCAAACGGUUGAUGCUCAGAAGAUUCCAGGUUGGAGUGGAUUUCA